AGACAGAGACCGAAGAGAAGCUUCUACGGUUUUCAUUGGUCUUUGCCGGCCUUGCGCCUCAGGCUCUCGCGGGGCUGCAGAGCGAAGAUGGCGGCCGAACAAGUCGAAGCGAUGAAUAUGGUGAAGAGUUUCCGGGUGUCUGACCUGCAGACACUGCUGGCCUCUAUGGGCCGCAGCAAGAGCGGGUUGAAGCAGGACCUGGUGGUGCGGGCGCUGAAGCUGGUUCAGUCGGAGUGCAGCCCGGAGCUGCUGAAGAGCGUGCGGCAGCUCUACGAGACGCGCUUCCCCAAGACAUCGGGCUGGCUGGCGGCACGCCGCCCGGAGGCCGUGCCCGUCAGCUACUCGUCCAUCAGCAGCUCGGCAACCAGGGGCCUGUCGCAGUCGCAGGGCACAGACUACCUCAACGGCAGCGGCGGCGGCCUCCCCAAGCAGACGGCCGCCCCCGCAGCCGAGGUCAAGCUGGUGUCGCUGCCUUUCUACCAGACCCUGGAGACGCUGCUGCCCCCCACAGAGCUAAUUGCCCAGAAUAAUGAGAAACUGCAGGACAGUCAAUGCAUAUUUGAACUGACACAAAGUCAAGUGGAUCAAGUCAGAAACUCCAGUGAACAUCGCCCAGGCAUUAAGUCUGUCCAGGUGGUUCUCAGAAUCUGUUAUACAGACUCCAUUGGUGUUCAAGAAGAUCAGUAUCCCCCUAAUAUUGCUGUGAGAGUCAACCAGUCCUUCUGUCAUGUACCAGGUUACUACCCCUCUAAUAAACCGGGUGUGGAGCCACGCCGCCCCUGCCGCCCCGUCAACAUCACCCCCUGGCUGCAUCUCUCCACCACUACCAACAGAGUCACCAUCACGUGGGGCAACUUUGGCAAGCGCUACUCGGUGGCUAUAUAUCUUGUGAGGGUCUUCACGUCAGCAGAACUCUUCAAUCAGCUCAAACACUGCUCAGUGGAGAGUGCCGAGCGUUGUCGCGAGCGCAUCCAAGAUAAGUUGCGCUUCGACCCAGAAAGUGAAAUCGCCACCACGGGAUUGCGAGUAUCCCUGAUCUGUCCACUGGUGAAGAUGCGUCUGGGCGUGCCGUGCCGUGUGCUCACCUGUGCUCACCUGCAGUGUUUCGAUGCCGUCUUCUUCCUGCAAAUGAACGAGAAGAAGCCCACCUGGACCUGUCCAGUCUGCGACAAGCCCGCUCCCUUUGAGCUUCUCACUAUUGACGGGUUGCUCUCUGAGAUCCUGAAGGAGACCGAGGAGGAAGUUGAGGAGAUCGAGUACCUGACUGACGGCUCCUGGAGACCCAUCGGAGACGAGAGGGACAAGGAGAAGGAGCGUGAGCGCAGCCACACGCCCGUCUACCCCCUGGUAGACAUAUGUGUCUCGGAGGUGAAUGGCCACUCCCCAGCCCACAGCAGCACCAGCCAAUCAGCGAAGUCGGGAUCAGGCGGGUCGUCGGCCCCGGCGGCCUCGGGCGUGGUGGUGGACCUGACGCUGGACUCCUCCUCCGACGAGGAGGCGGGCGGCGGCGCGGGAGGAGACAGCUCCGACACGGACGACAGCCAGGACAGCCCGUCGCCCAAGCGAGGCCGGUACAACUACGACAAGGACCUGGUGACGGCCUACUGAGUGGACUUGAGACGGACGGACUCGCGAGACUGAGAUAAUAAUGGUGUGUCGGAGGGGGGGGGGGAGACGAGAGGGGGACAAAGGCCUGAUGUUUGGGCAAGGAAUUUUGGAAAGUCCCUGAACACCCCCCUCCCUCAUCCUCCUCUACACCCACCCUGUGCGGAGACACAUGUUCACACACACACACACACACACACACGCACACACGCACACACACACAAACACACAACACAUGCAACACAAACACACACAUCCCAAUGCACACACCAACAUGCACUGUAAAACCUCUGGGGAGUGGUUGAGCUUCCUUUCCCUCUUCACCACUGGAAACCACAGGAGCAGCUCCCUGUCCCAACGCCCCUUCUCCCCUGCCACCCCCACCCCAAAGACAAACAAACAAACAAACAAACACGCAAACAGUUUGUUGUGCUCCCCUCUUCUGCUGUGUCCUCCCUUUAAGAGAUCACAACACAAUAAGCUCCAUUUGCCUUCCCACAUUCAACCCCCCCCCUCCCCUUUCAGUUUGUGGUGGACAUAUGAUGGCGUUUUGGGUCCCAGAAUGCUACAUCAGGCUCUAGACGCCAUUACUGUCCCGUGUCCACCACCCUCGAGUGGAUGACCGCCGCCAUCGACAUCCCACCAUCUGUGACUCUGUUCAAAGGUCAACGUGUAAAGCAGCAAACGCAAGUGUGGACUUGUGCAUCAUCUCCUGACCUUUUAGGCUUUAUCCUCUCUCUCUUUUUUUUGGGCGCUAAAAUUUUACCAUUUUCACCAUAUAUUCCCACCCCCACCCUGACCCCUCCACCUAGUUAUUACGAUUCUUUUUUCAAGCCGUAGUAGCUAAUAACCUACCUCAAUUCAAACCGCAAACUUGAUCGCAAGUAGUCCUUAGAGAGGUGACCUUCAAAAACAGACAAACGCUAGAUGGAUGAUGCUCUUCUUGUUUCUCUUUCGUUUCUUUUGUCCAUCCUGUUUUCCCAACUCGCUUACUGAACAGGGGGGCUGCCGGCCGACUUGAUUGGCUGGUCUCUGGUGGGUGCAGUUAAAUGACCGAUCUUUAGGUUCAGACGACCAUCUUCAGUCUCAGUUGAACAGGAGAGCGAGUCAUGGAACAGACACGUGUCUAACUGAAAGCCUUGAUGAUGGUGUUCAGCCGGGGGGGAGGGAGUUUUAGAGUUGAUUUAAAGUGUUGGGGUUUUUUGUUCUCUCCUAAUUAGGACGAGUAGUUUGAGGAGGGAAUGUACGAGGGUGGCAGUGGAAUCAGUCCCAGGGAAGGAGUUCUGGAAUAGAUGUGGCGAUGGGCAAUUCAGGCAAACAUCCCACGGAGGGUCUUAAAGCAUGUUCAGCCGUAGAAUUUUGUGAAGUAACGUGCGCUACAUCAAGCCAUGACUCAUCUGGGCCAUUGUAAUUGGAGUGGGGGGGAGACGGAGUUUCUUUUUUUAUGGGGUGACUUAAGAUGCGUCUCGGUUCGAAUAAGCAGCCUUCAGAUGCGAUGCGAUUCGAGUGAGUGAGGGUCAACUGACUGAUAUGACUUUUAUUUUGUUUGUUCGUUUGGUUUUUUUCAUGUUUUAUUUUCCAGGUUGGGCUGAAAGGAUAGCCCGGCCUAAAGCCUGUUUCAUCUUCUCGAGGUGUUGAGUCGUUGCAUCAUGCAGACUUUUAAUUGUUGUUUUUUUUUGUUGUUUUUUUGUUCAGUAAAAGUAUUUAUUGACUGUCUCAUCAUGGCUUUUUAUUUGUUUUUGUUUUUUGAAUGGCAGCAGGUAUUAUUUGCACACAUGUGGCAGUGGAGAGAUUGCUGUGCUGUUUCUACAGACUCUACCCACUGAGGAGAGCUGAUGGCGUUCAGGCUUGUGCUGCUGGUCUUGAGUGAAGCUGCUGUUUUAUCUUUCUCCAGUAUGCGUGCGCUCUGUCGAGGCUGCUCAGCCACCCUGGGACUUCCUGGUCUGGUUCCGUUGAGCCUUGUUGUUGCUAAAACAUCAGCGCGCCAAUGAGGGUGGUCAUGCCCUGCUCAGUUUUGCUGCACCUGCCCCACUCUUGAGGUGUGCUAGACCGAGCGCUUGAAGGCCGUCCAGGGAGUUUCAAGGACACGCAAGAAUUGAAUCUCUGGAUUGUCAUCUAGGCCUAACUCUUCAGGUCACCUAAGCAGGUUUCAACUUUGGUUUAACCCACUGAGGCACCCCCAUCCUCCCCCUUCUCCCUCUUGCCCUCAACUUUUAUGCAGUCCUCUUGGUUGAAUUUCAGUCUCAUCCUAAAGUUAGAAAUGUUGGUGGGCCAACAUCAAUUUAAGUUUUCAGGGCUGCGAUUCCCUCGUGGUCUGAUGGGUGGAGCUUCUAAUGUUUGCAGUGGAAGUUGAUAUGGCCCCCCACUCUACAGUUGGACCCCGGUGGUUCAGACAGUAGGGAAGGGGACUCAGGGAUGAGUUGUGACCUGCUUUUCAACUUUCAUUUUUUGAUUGAUCCAUUCUUUGGUUGACGUUCUCAUUUUUUGGUCACAGAACAGUUCUUUGUGCAGAAGAACGUGCACUUCAUCAGUUAGCUAGACAAAGACGACACAAAUCUGAACUGGAUUUACAUAUAUGGUAGUGCUACGGAAACGACUAUCUCUAAUUUUAUUGGUAUUUUUUUAGUUAUCGUUGGCUCCGCUGUCCUCUUAGGCUCUGCUUUUUGUUCAGUAGAUCUUCAGAGAGAAAUGCCGCUCUAGUUCCCGCCAUGUUUGGUUUCUGCAUUCUAAAACUGACCUGAGCACAGACUUGAAUAGACACUCAGUACUGUAAUACAACAUUUGUUCAAAGUAAUAACUGAAUCAACAAAAUGAACUUAGAAGUAGGGAGCGACUUUUGAGAGGCGUACCGUAACAAUUUGGUCUUCCAUUUUGUUGGAAUACCCAUUUUGGACCGAUAUGACUAAACACAAAUGGUUAACGUCAUCUGUUAUAGUUGAUGGCAGGGUAUUUUUUGUCAACAAGGCCCAUAUCCCAAAUGUUGUCAUUUUGUACACGCUUAAAAGAACACUUGAUGAAGUCUGUCUAUUCAGGAGAAAUCGACCAAUGCUUUUUUUUUUGUCUGGAUCCAGUAGUUUUCUGGAACGUAAAGCCAACCGUAGGCCAUUGCUGUGAGCCAUGAAACACCUGUAGGGGGGUAAUGGUGAAAGUCGCCCGCGAUUAACCAGAGACGGAAAGGGCCUGGGGGGGUCGUCGUAGCCAUGCAGACAAAGGAGGAAUCGGAGGGUCAAGUGGUAAUUUGUGGCAUAUCCCUUUUUCUUACAAUGCUUUAGGUAGCAUGGGCAGUGGCUUGCAAUCCUUGAUGUAAAUGUUUUUGUUCGUUGUGUCUUUUUAUAUGUUCAUAUUAAAAGCCAAUAAAAAAACGAAUAAAUAAUAUUUUAUCAAGAUUUGAAUUGCCUCCAAUCGUUGAAGUAGAAAAAAAUGGGAGUACAGUUUAAAACAUGACUCCUCAAUGCCACUUUACGUGUCAGAUACUGUAAGAGCACGGACAAACGGGCGGGCUCAUACAUUGGGAGCGAGAGACUGGGCGAAGGGAACUGAUUCCAUUUGUUUCUUGUUGAGAUGGCUGAGAAAUGUAAUUUUGAGAAAUCGUAUUCUAACACCUGUCAUUUAUGUGUGCAAUUGAUUAAACUGAUUUUAAAAUCUA